UCUCACAUUUUUUGACAGUUCCCUGUAACGGUGAAAGGAACCAUGGGAAGGUGCGCGCGCCCUGCUACCAGCCUGAUUGCACCAGGUGUGCCUCUGACGCGCGAGGUAAAAGCCUCCGAGCAGCUGCGCCGCUGCUCCUGAACGUCACCCCCACCCCAAAAAAAGCCUUGCUCGGCCUCUUUCUUGCACUGUAAACCGCCUUCCAGCUGAUCCUCCCCGUGUAAGGUGGCCGCCAUGCCCCUGUGAGGAGGAAACAUGUACGCGGCCCUUGACAACGUCUCCACUCCAGCCGACUCCACCCUGCCAGGUGUUGACCCGCAGCGGCUGCAGGAGCUGACUCACCGCUCCGUCAAAGUAAGCGUUAUUAUCGUUUUGGGCGUGAUGAUCACUUUGGGAAAUAUCGCGGUUCUCCUGGUCAUUACCUCCUCCGUGGCCGGUUGGUCGAGAAACUCUCGGUACUUUCUCCUCUCUCUCACUGCUGCAGACUCCGCGUUUGGACUGCUGGUCAUGCCCUUGAAUCUGUGGGUGAGUCUGCUAAAGGACUACACCGAAGGGCCAGACGCCCUCUGUCAUGUCGUGGCCUUCUGCAACGCCACCGUCUACUCCACCUGCAUGUACACCCUGGCCACGAUAAGCCUGGAGCGAUACAUCGCGGUGUUUUACCCGCUGCAAUACUCCUCUCUGUUGACGAGGAAAAGGACGCUGCUCCUGAUCGCCUUCGCCUGGUGCUUCCCCCCGUGCCUCCUGUCGCCCAUAUCGUUCCCAGGGGGCAUCAUUGAGGUUCAUUUUUCCACCGCGUCCCUGGUCUGCAACCCGUCCUACUCCACCAACGUUGGGUACUCCCUCAGCCUGACGUGCUUUAUAUUCUUCCCCUGCUCCAUCGUCAUGACGUACGCCAACCUGAGAGUGUGGUGCGCGGCGAAGAGACAGCGGCUCAAGCUGCGCAAAUACGACUGUGCGCGUCGCAAGAGGCACAACGUGGCGUCCAGGGUGCUCGUGCCCGUGAUGGCAGCCUACUACGCCUGUUGGACGCCCUGCAUGGCAGCCAUGAUCUACAAUGCAGUCUCCGGUAGCCGCGCACCCGAGUGGAUCGAGUUCGUAGUGGUAUGGCUGCCAACAUCCAAUGGUUUCCUCAACUGCAUCUUCUACUUCUGGGUAAACCGAAGUUUCCGCAGAAAAUUCCACCUGGUCCUCCACAGGCUGGCUCUGGCCAUCUGCCCUAAACUGGCCGACACGCUCGACUCCUGCAGCCCUCUAAAGACACAGUUUGUGUCAGGAAUUCUGGAUAAUAACAACAGUGUCCAUGACCGUUCUUCCAGUGUCUCCUCCACCUGCACCCUGUUGAGUUUGGCUUAGGAUGUCUGCACCAGAAGAGCACCACUGGCACGGCAAGAAACAUUGUUAGUGACCUCUGCGGUGUUUUGUACUGCUGGGCAGGUCAACGGAGGUCACAUUAUUGCCAUAUAAGUAAGGUACUCCGGGUAAGAUGCGGGUUACGAUGCAUACAGGUUGGCACUAAGGCAUGCUAUCAUGGCAAGCACUUUAUACAACAGUAUUGUGUAUUUUUCUCUCCUUUCCUUUUUUUUUUACUAAAUGUAUUGUUCAGUUGAAUAGAACACAUAGGCUCAAUUUAUAACUUAUUUGGAUUUUUUUGUUUUACCCAAGCACACCAUAUUUCUAAGAUGGGAUUCACUGUCAGACACAGCAUCUUAAACCACCUUUUAGUUGUUUUAUAGUUGGUUAUCCGCCGUUAUCUCUGUGCCACAGAAAUGCCUAAUGUUAUUUUUGCAAGUGGCUAUACAACCAAUCUUGUCUUCGUCAGCUGUUGUGUAUUUAGACUUGUUGCUUAGGUCAACAUAUUCACCUCAGACCUUUUUUGAGUUUGGUAAAUUGAAUCAUCACAGGAAACUGAAAUUUGGACUCCUAAUCAAAAUCUGUGAACAUUAUUUGAUUACAAGUGCUUUGAAGGAUGAAAGCCAUCAAAAUCUCCUUCUGUUUAAACCGUGAGUCAAAGAUCUAUGACUUGUAACAGCUGAAGGAAGUUAACCUUCAAGUCCCGGCAUUUCAGUGUGUAUAAAAGGAGAAAACUAAUUAUGCAGCUACACUGAAGAAAGGUCACCACAUAUGUGCCGGAAAGAGAAAACUUGGGUAACUGCUGAGGCUGCGAUUGUUUAUUUUGAGAUCUUAAGUCCAGGAGCAUCCUCUCAGCGUCAACUACAGUAUGGAAUCAACUUUGCAGUGCCAAUGACAUGUUUUUCACUGAAAGGAGUUAACGGUCAUAAAGAUUGAUUUGAAAUUAGUUAAUCAGGAGUAUUUCCUAAAACAUUAAUAGGAACCGGUACAUAAUGUACCUACAUUUUCAGGUACAUUUUAUGCAACUUAUUUUAGCCUAAGGGUGUCCCCGUCGUUCAUGUUUGUGCAUAUACUAUGUGUUGAGCAUCAGAAGAAUUGUAUCUAAAUCAUGCAAAAAUAUUGCCUAAGUGAAUAAUGACUUUUGUAUGUAUACUUUUGUAAUGUUUCUAAAUUCCUAAUUUUAUAAAUGGAAAAAAAUAAUUGAUAAUGUAAUGGUUUGUAGAUGACCAUUGAAAUAAAGCAUUACGCCUUUUGAAGUGUGUCUUAGUUUAAGUUCAGUAUUUACAAAUGCAUCAUGUAUCAACAAAAAUAAAUGACGUUUAAGAUCCUCAA